AUGUCGUCGCACGCAAGGGUAUACAUUUCGAACUUGAGUUUCGAAGCAAGUGAGAAUCAAUUAUAUGAAUAUUUGCAAGACUACAAUGUCAUUUCUGUAUUGAUCCCAAGUCAAACUGUGAGAGGCUUGAAGAAUAAAGCAGUGCGUCCAUUUGGGAUUGCAUAUGCUGAAUUUUCCAAUGAAGAAGAUGCAAAUAAGGUUAUUCAAGAAUUGAAUGGGAAAUUGUUCAUGGAAAGGCAUUUGAAUUUAAGAAUGCAUAUUCCAAUUGAUUCUAAUAAGGUUCAAAUCGUUAGAAAAUCAUCAGUGGCUGUGGUUGCUUCCUCUACUGCAGGUGCUGAUCCAUCCGCCUCCUCAGAUACUCCUGCGGAAGCACCAGAAGUGGCAUCCGCGCUGGAACAACAACCUCUUGUUAAACAAUUGAAAUCUAGGAAGCACAGGUUGACUCCAUUUAGAAGAAAAAAGAGAGAGGAGCCAGCUGUUGAAGCAGAUAUUCCUGAAGCUUCUACUGAAAAUGUUCAAGAAACUGGUAACAAUGAGACGGAAGUUUCAGAAGCUGUUGCUGGUGCGGCUGAUGCCAAUGCCGGUGCCAAUGCCGAUGCCAAUCCGAUAGUGACGGUUGAUCCAGUUAAUUCUGAAAGUUCUGACGUUGGGAACGUUACCACUGUGAUAACAGAAAAACCUGUUUCCGAGACCAUUGCAUUCAUUGGAUUCAUUCCUCGUAAUACGACUGAUAAUCAGCUACGUGAAUAUUUCAAAGGAUUUGAUCCACAAGAAAUUGUUGUAUUUAAAAAUAGAACUUAUAGACGUGGGUUCACUUUCCAUCGCCAUUUCACAGCAGCCUUGGUAACGUUCCCCGAUGCCUUCAGGCUAAACGAUGCGAAACAGUUUGCAACACAAGAGAAAUUUAGGGGCAAACAGAUAAACGUGAAGAACGCAUUUAUAGAAAAGAUUGAAGAAGUGCAAAGGGCUUUAGAGAAGAAGGCGGGUGCUAACACUAAUGGAGAGUCCGCGGAAGGCAACAACGAAAUCCCAGCAGAUGCUGGGGUAACAGGAGAUGAACCUGAUACAGCUAAUGCUGUUGCGGCAAUUCCUAUCGAGGGAAAUCCUCAACCACAAGCUGACGGUAAUGACGGUGCUGUGGUGGAGCCCGAGGCCAAUGCCGAACCGCUUAUCGACCAGGAAGAUGGUGUGACAGCAUCGCAGGACAAUCCAUUACUUAAUUCAAAUGCAGAGUCUCAAUUAGAAUCUCAACAACCUGUAGAACAGGUCGCAGCCUAA